ACGGGGCUGGGGGGCGGCGGGGGGCGUGAGGCGGGGAGGUGCGGGGCUGCUGCCUCCUUCUCCCUCCCGCUGCUCCCGGAGCCGGGUGGUGGCCGUGGGUGGUGGCCUGUCGCCCCCGCUGAGGUGAGGGCUGAGGCGGGAAGAGGUGGUGCUCGCCUUCGGGUCUGGGGCAGCCGGCGUGCGGGUAGGGGUGCGCAGGUGAGUGGGCUUUGUGGACUUGGUGGUGGCUUUUCCAGGGCCCUGUGAUGCCCCAGUUAAGGUCGGGGAAGGUGGUGACCGGUGGCAAGGUGAAGAUGGCCCAGAGGGUGGCCGCCGGCCUGAGCUCUCUGGGUGCAGAGGUAGGGUGUGAGCCUGGGGAGUUGGCAGGCAAGAAGAGCUCUCGCCCGGCACCAGAGAGAAAAGCUGAGCAAUCUUUACCGUCCUCUGUGCACCCUGCUGCGCUGUCCGGAGUUUCUCCUGAGCAGCAUGCUCUUCUGUUGCCCAUGCAGAAGGAGCAAGUCGAGAGCUGUCAGAGACUCCCCGGUAAGAAAAACAAGGGGAUCCAGUGCAGGGUGGCAUCACAAAGCAAGAAUGGUGUUGCCGUGCAGAUACCAGACGCUGCCGUGUGUGAAGAUUGGCGAGCAGCAACCAGGGUGGCAGGAACGUGCUGGGAAAAGACUGGAAGCAGAAGGACGGGACAGGGUCAACAGCCAUUUUUCUCGCGAAUUACCUUGCAGAAGAAAUUCUCAGGAGAGACCGGUAGCCCAGAAGGGCUGAACCUCUCAGGUUUCCCAGAGAGUUCAAGGAGCUCAGGAAAAAAGCGCAAACGUUCCUAUAUGGAACUGAAAUUGCAAAUCCCGACCUCGGAGGAGGAACUUGACAGCACAGAGAGUACUAUUCCCUGUUUGCCAGAAGCAGAGGUGCUGCAGCCUAGAAACAGCACAUGUAGUACUGAAAUUAAAGGCAUUGGUUCCUUAAUGAUACUGAAACUGCAAAUCCCAGAUCUUAAAAGGAAUUUGGGGAAUGAGGAAUCGUCCUUGUCUAAACCACAACCUUGGGAAGUGGUAGAUAACCCAGGGAAGAUGAAUCGAUGUUCUUUAAAAGGUUCAGAAAAGCCCAAGAAAAAAGAAAAGAAAUGCUUGAGAAAGAAAGGCAGGCUAUCUUUGCUGAAAUCAAAACUACAGGGGACAAGAAAGAGAGGUGGAUCUGCCUUGGUAGAACUCCAUAGAAAGUGUCUGGAGUCCAAGAAGAGAGCUGUGAGUCUGAAGAAGAAGGACUCACUGGCGUUACUGCAUGUACAGGGUGUAAGUGGCCCAGAACAACCAACAGCCAGAGGAAAGCUGCACAAGCGUUGCGUGAUAGAACAGCAGCAGAGUUCAGACCCUCAGAAAGGAACAGAUAGCCUGGGGGAAAGUGCAGCAAAGAAAAAAUGGAAAAAAAAUGAGCAAGACUCAGGUACGCAGGCUGUGAAGAAUUGUAAGGCAAAUCUAACUAAGUCAGAAGAUCCCAAUGAAAAGGAACCUCGCUACUCUGAAUCUCCUACAGUUGUUGCUUUAGGUGGGACUCAAAACAAGAGUUUUCUUUGUCAUCCUGAAGCAAAAAGGUCUGUUAUACAGCUUAAAAAAAGGAAAGCCAGAAUUGAUCGUAUCGCGUGCUUGCAAAGUUUGAGUGUAACUACAGCAGAAAAAGUGAUAAAUAAAUCUGCAAAACGUGUUGCUGACCAUUGCAGAAACACCCUAAAGCAUUGCAACAGCUUGCUCUGCGUAACAAGAAAGAAUCCAGUUGUGAGAUUAGAGGCUUGUAGUUACAUCAACACGUUUGUAAAAUCUUUACUUGAUGGAACUGCCAGCACUUUUAAUUUAAGUAGAUUCUUCCAUUUAGCCCAGCAUAAGAGAAAAUCUGCUUGUCCUGACAGUACAGUAGAACAGAGUGAGAUGAAUUGCAGCACUAAUACAAUGCAAAAAGAAAGCUCACCUAUAAAAAGCAGUUUAUUGUUUAAUGAAGUGAAAUCUCAACAUAAAAAAGGGUAUUUUUCAUGCCAUCAGAGUCAAAGCAAUAAGUUUUUAAGUGAAAAAAAAUCGAAUAUUGGUAGAAAGCGUGCAAAAAAGAUGAAAAUCAGUGAGAUGUCAGCAGGGCAGAAUGUUUUCACAAAUGGGGCUAAUGAAUGCACUAAGUGUGAAUUAAAGACAGAAGAUGCCACAUCAAGCUCCUCUGCUGUCUUUGGACUAAAGCAUAAAGAAAUGACUCUGUCAGAUUCAUGGGAUUGUACAGACGAUCUUCAUACAGGAAACAAUACUUGUGAAGCACAAGAGGCAUCAGCACAGAGGAAGGAUAGUACCAAAUCACUUGCAUUUGAAGGUGGCUUUAAGAAGACAUCUGAGCUCUCAGUAGUAGCAAAAGGAGAAGCUUCAAGCUGUGAGGCACCACAAUGGCACUCUGCUACCUCGGGCAGUCUGAGAGCACUAACUCAGGCCUGUGGUGUUUCUAAUUGUCACAAAAGCAUGACAGGUGGAAAACUGAAUAAAGUUAAUAAGAAACUGUGUCAGUUUACCUGUCAAAGAACAAUACCUAUGACUGGUAAAAAUGUUUGGCCUUGUGAAUCUUGUGCCAGGACUUCUGAAUGGGUUCCUAAAAAUCACUGGUCCAUCUCAGAAGGAAAAAGACUUCUAAGUCCAGUCUUCGAGGAAUCCUCUGAUAAAAGCAGUGUCAAGGCUGUAGGAAACAAUGCUGCGACAGAAAAUUCAAGGCAGUUGGAUUUAUGUACAUCUCUGGCAAAAGUUAAGGAGCGUGCACAUAAUGCAGUGGAUCUAAAUGCUAAAUGCCUGACUUCAGUUGAAACAUCAGAAUCCUCUUCUAUGGAUAUUGAUGAGACUUGUGGAAUGAGCAAUGAAAAUGUGGAAUCACCAGUUAAAAUGGUUACAAGUGCUGUGGCUUUUAACCCUGAUGAUACGCAAGAAGUUAAAGCAACCUCAAAUUUUACAGCAAAACCAAAAAAUAAAAACAAAGGAGCUGUAACAAAGAGAAGCCCAUCUGUGACAGUCCAGAAUAAUACAUCUACAAGUAACAAAAGCAGAAUAAACUUAAGCUGUAAGGCAUCAGUUGUGAACCAGACGCUUUCUGAUGUAAAACUAAUGAAAGCAUUAAACACCAGAAACCUGACGAAUUUCAGAAUUCCUUUACGGAGAAACAAACCCGAAUCCAGGAAAUUGGAAUGUAUCAGUUCAUCAGAAAGAAAAACCUGUAGCCCACUAGAGCUCCUUGACAGUGCUAGUGUUUCGCAAAGGCAGAAAAGAGGUGAGGAGACUUGGGUAAAUUCUGAGAAGCAGCCCCUUCCUGUAGUUAGUGAUGCUACAUCUACAGCUUCCAUGAAGAAAAAUACUGGUAAGAUCAACAGUAAGGACUUGCAUCAUGAUGGCUCUGAAACCCUUUCAAAUGAGAUGCCCACGCUCCCUGAACAUGCCUCCUUAUAUCCGUGUCCUGCUCCUGAGAGGCAGCUGGAGUCAUCUCCAUGUGGCUUCAGUGCUGCUCAAUGUGUAUGGAAAUCAAAUUUUCCUGAGCAUUCAGGGAAUGCAGUUGACCAUCCUGUUGCAUUAGAAAUACAUGGUGGUGGCAAAUCAAGAGUGAAUCGUUCACAGCCCAAAAGUGAUUUUUUUCCAGAUAUUCUUGAAGCUUACAAAGAAGAUGUUCUUGUCAUUGAUGUGAUUCAGGAUGACCCUGAUCUUUUUGGAACCAAUGACGAAGAGGAGCUUACACUCACAGCCUGUGAUAAUUGGCCCACGAAGGCAUCCUGUAGUAGCAUCUUCAUUAAAGAAGAGAAGCAGAAUCUUAAGCCUGAGUAUGCUGUUAUUUCAGAAAAUAGAGGUUCAGUAAAUGCUAAUUUUAGAGACAUUACAGUACAGGACUCUGGAAUGUUGAAUCAUGCUGAAAAUUCACAGGAUUUGGCAAUAAAAGCUACAGAUAUUAAAACCCAUAAUUCAUCCAGUAGAAACAGUCCUUUGCGAGGUGUUACUGAGGACUCUUUUGAAGAUGGGCAACUGAGAAAGCAAGAUGGAUUUCUAAAGAGUUUUGAAAUUAAUGAAAAGUUCAGGUUUGCAGACGGAGUGGCUGCUCUUGAACCGGAAGAAAAAGGUGAAGCAGAAAAAAGUGACUGUAAAUACACAGACCUUAUGAACUGUGAGCUGCUCUCAAGACUGCCACUGCAUGUCCCGAACGUAAAAGUCCUCAGUGAAAGUACAGUGCUGAAAGCCAGGAAGAACGAUUGUACAUUUUCAGGAAAAGGCCUUUCACUGCCAUUGCAAAACCAUGGAGAUUCUGAGCCAUGGACGACAGACAAAAAUGCAAAAGCUUCUCAUUCAGUCCAGCAGAUCCUGGGGAUGAUUGAUUUGCCCCGUAAAUAUUGCAGAUACUAUUUCAUGACUUUGCGUGGCUGUGAAAGGGCAAAAUGUUGGUUUCGGCAUGUUCCCGAACAAAGACAUGAAAAGAUUUGCAUGGCAAUACUUAAGACAUACAUUAGUAUCAAAGAAAAAGGCCUUCUAAAACGUGCAGUCCAAAUAUUUGUCAGGUAUUACAGAGAAGUUACUCCUGGUGAGGAUUUUGCUUUUCAAGUGCUGAAUGAUCUUCUCGUUUGUUUGCUCAAGAACUGUUUGUUGCAAGAAGUAUUUCAGAUACUGCGUGUAGCUGUACAGGUUAAUACGCUGCCGGCUGUGGAUGUUCUUCUGAAAGUUUUCGAGCACGUGGCUUCUUUGAAUAUAAGAAAUGCUGUGCCUAAAUUAAUCAGUACCUUUCGUAAGCUCAUUGAUGCUGGCAUGUUUCUUGAGUUUGAACAUUUUAAUUACAUUACUAAACUCCUUCAACAAUUGCAAGUUUCCAGCCAGGAAAUAAAUGUUGUUUUGAACAUAAAAUCCAGAUUUCAGGAAAGACAUUUUAAAAGCAACUGGCUCUUUGACUGCAAUUUGGUAAUGGUUGAAAUUCAGCAUUGCAAGGAAAAAAAUGAUUGGAGUAAGAUGGGAACUUUGUAUGUUAAUGCAAGAACCGGAUGUGAACAUUUUGAUGACCUUCAGAAAUUGUCUUUAUGUAUUGCUGAAAUACUAACGAGAGAUUCUGAGAAAGACAGACCAGGAGUUCCUUUUUGCGAUUUUGCUGAUGCAGUAAUAACAAGUUUGACAUGUAAUGAAGCAGACAGGAUUUUCAUUGGAAGGACUGGCAUAAGCGUGAUGAAUUCUUAUCGCAAAGUACUACAGUGGAGAAAGGGAAGGACGGUUUUGGAUAAAUUGCAUGAGCUACAGAUAAAUUUUACAGUCUUGAAAGGACUUAUUGGUGCAGAGAACUUAGCAUCAAGAUGUCAAAUUGUUAAUAAUGCUGCAGAAAUUUUUCUUAAAACUGGAAGUUUGGAUGGAGCGACAUGGGUAUUGAGAGAGUCAGAAUGGACCACGAAUACACCAUUGUGGCCCUGUGAUGAAGAGGACAUCCUCAAUCGACAUAAUCUGUUAUGUUCACUAGUGCACAAGUACAUGAGGCAGAGUUUAUACAGGCAGGCAUUGGAAGUUCUUCAGAAUUUACCAGGUUUCCAAAAUAGUUCUGAUACUGUUGAUGUUUCUCAGUACAGCUGCGUUUUUAACCUGCUGAUAAAAGCCUGUUUUGAGAGCAAGAACCUUGGGGUCUCAUCUUCUGCAGUAGACUUCAUGCUUUCAAAAAAUAUAGCUGUUGAUUUUUUUCUACUUAGAGGAUUAAUCACAGGUUUGGGAAGAAGUUGUUUGUGGAGUAAAGCUAGAACCUACUACAAAACUGCUUUAUCAUUGGGUUGCUACCUGCCGCUAGAGGGAAAUUUACAUCACAAAAUUUUGCCAAUUCCUUUUUACGUGUCUGAGGUUGAGAUGCUGUUGGCCAUUGAAUUAUUCCUCGUUUCAAAUGCCAGCGAUAUUCAAAGUCCAGGGGCUACUACUCAGUCUCUUCAAAUAAUACUGAAAAGAUGUGAAGACCAGACAGUUCAGAGUAACAGUGACUAUCAAGCAGGAAUGGAGAGACUUAGCCUGGCUGCUCAUGUAUCUGAUCCAAAGCUUUUUCUUAAGCGUAUGACAGUGAAUGUUAAUAUGGAAGAAGUUUACAGCUUGGAGCAUACAUCUGCUCUAAAAUGGCUUCAGGAGAAUAUGAAAUGGGCUGGAAAGGUCUGGCUGUUUCAGUAGUCAUUAAUUAAUAAAUAAAGACUUCAGGGGAGGGUGUUCAGUGGUUUAAGUAAUCAUUGUUAAAACUAAUAAAAAUUACUAAAGGUAUUUGCCACUGUGUUCAGCCUUAUUGUCUUAGAGCAAGGCUUCAAAACUCAAGUUGUGUUUUUAAGUACUUACGUUGAUGAUAAUGCAGAUAGUAGGACAAAAAGAGCAAUUUUUUUCCUAACUAUAUGGCUUACGUAGGUGUAUUUUAAUGACAUCACUAUAUGACAAGAAAGUUCUAGCCUCAGAAUCUGCAUUCUCCUUUUUAAGGAGAACAUAGCACUAGCUGUUACUACUUUCCCAACAAGUGCUAUUAUGUAGGUAACAGCUUUGAUUGAGUGUUUCUGCUGUUCCCCAGUGAGAGGUUUUCCACAUUGUUUCAUAAUUUGUAAAAGUAAUACGUUUUCUUUUGUCUUCCUUACAGUACCUUGUGAUAUUGUCCCACCCAAAUGAAGGCCCCUUACUUAGGCCUUCAUUUCCUUACUCCAAACACCCAGUAAAAAGCAGUGAGAAUAAAGUAUCUUCAAAAUCAUUUGCCGCAUGAGACAUGCCUGACUUAGGAUACCUUUCCUUCACAGAACUGAGAGUCUAUGCAAGUUGCUCACAGCUGAAGGUUUAGUUGUGUCUAGAUAACAGCUUGUAUAUGGCUUCACAUUUGUGUGUCUGUGCGUUUUCACUGAAAAGGAAAACUUUCUCUCUCCCUUGAUGGUUGCUCUUAGUGGGAAGUGUUUUUUGCCUUCACAUCUGAUAAUUGACUUUACCAUUUUUAAGUUUCUGCCAACAGUAUGACAAGAUGGAGCCUUGUAGCAAGCUGGUUCUAGCAUUCCUAUUUCUUCAGGAAUUCUUUUUUCACCUGCAAAUCAUGAAUCAUAUCUGGGGCAUGGAAUAUUUAAGUCAGACUUUAUUUACGGAUCUGCAACCUGAAGAGGAAGGACUGAAUGGCAAAUCAAUGGGACCUUUGUCAAAGCUGUUACUUGCCCAAGCUCUCCACUUCUGUAGCGUUAAGAUCUCCAGUACCAACCUUCACAGACAUAACAUGCAGCUGUUUUGGUCCUGCUCUCCAUUCCCAUUAGAGCUUCUUGUGCUGAGAAUUUCUGCUCUCUUGGGUAUGGAAGCUUACGUGUUUUUUCAAAGCCUGUUCCAUCAUUAGUGACAGCCAAGGUGGUGGUGUAAACCCUCAGUUUUUUAAAAAUCUUUCCCUCUGAGGCAGCAUGAGUCUCAGUUCUCACAGCAUUACUGCAGGUGUUCUUUGAGUCAUGAAGCUAUCAUGAUUUUAGAGCUGGAUGGUUGUUGAGGGUUUUGGAGUGGUGUUGGUGUUUUAUUGUUUGGGGUGAGGGGGGUGUUACUCUAGUCUUGGGGUCCGUCUCGUUAAUCUGAUGUCAUUUAUCUGAUCUUUGGUUGUUGUAUGGCCCUCUUCAUCUGAUACCACUGCUCAUCCAGUCUGUCUUGGAACUGCUACUGGAGGAAAGAAGAUUCGAGUCUGAUGACCUCUGAGAUCACUGUCCCACCUGUACAGAAAAAUACAGGGAUAGAAGCUCUUAAGUUUUUGCAACUUAUCAUGCUUCUGUAGGGAUCUCACCUGCUUUCCUUACAAAAACUAGCAGGUUCAGUAGUAAAAUCACAUGGCAUUUCUUUAAAACCCUUGUCCUUGAGAAACAAUUGGUGCUAGUUCAAACAGACUUUGGGUUCUACCACUUGGUAUUGUCUGAGAUGGCUCUCCCAUUUGCAAGGCUGUCCACUUAGUCAAAUCCACUAGCAUUCUGCUGCUUUGUUCCCUAGUAGCUGAAUGCUGGAUAUGAAGCGAUCGGGUUUCAGAUGAGAAAUCUGAACUGACAUUCUUCCAGCCACUCCAGCAUUACAGGCAAGAGCAAUUUUGGAGAUUUCAACAAAUUAAAACUGGCAAUGUAGUCAACAGCGAGAAACUAAGUCAUUUUUGCUAAUUACGUCUUGUAAGAUCCUUUGUAGCUUAAUCUUCCUUGGAAUUAGUCAGAAGCUAUCUGAACCUCAGCUAAAUCCCACAUUUCUGUAAGCAGUACCAGAUGUGGCUAAUACUGUUUGAGAGAUGCAGGAGGACAAAAUUCUCUUAAUAAUCCUUAUGGCUUCAAAAGUUGGGAUGUUCUAGGGACAGCAUUAUUUUUCUGUUAUAAGUAACCUUGAAUUUUUGCUUAGAGCAGCCCCAGAAAAAAAAAAAAAUCCAAAUGUUGAUUUAUUCUUCAGAGAUUAGCCAUCGACUUUCCAGGUUAGCUUGGAACUGUGGAAAGUUUGUGCAAUGUUUUGGCUCCAUCUCCUGAGUAUCAUCUUCAGCUGAUGUGAUGCAAUCUCAGUCAUAUUUUAUAUUAACAGGCAAAGCAACCUCCCCACAUCACUGCUAAGAAGUUCUGUUAAAACCAGUGGGUGCAUCAGGAUCCAGCUGUUUCUGUCAAUACAGAAACAGCUCCCUGUCACCAUGAUAAACCAAUAGGCAAUUUAAAUAGCUUUACUGUAAGUCUUUUAUCUCACACUUUCAUACUUCCUGGGUCUUUGAAAUACUGUACAAAUCCGGUCAUUUUGUUGUGUAUCAAAAUUUCAGAAAGGUUUCUUGAUCAGCGUUCUUAGUACCCUUUUGGUGACAGAAAUUCCAUGUGCUAAAGGGACAUAGCAAGUGAGGAAAACUUUGUUGUGGAAUGGAAAUGCUCCUGAAAAGAUGAAGAAAUAUUCCAAAGAUUAAAGUUAAGGACAACAGAGAAGAUGCAUUUUUGCAGUUAGCCACCGUAGAAAAUAUCCCUCUUUUUGCUUUUCCCCUUAUACAAGUUACUGUUUCUUAAUAGCUGAAAGAACUCUGUUAGAGAGGAGCAACUCAUUUGAUAGAUUUUUUUUUUUUGCCAUAUAUAUGAGACAAAAGGUAUACUUAGGUGUUUGGAGAUAGAGACAGUGCUUCAAAAAAAAUCCUAUGCUGCACUCAAUAGCUAAAUCUAGACAAAGCUAUCCUUAUUCAGUAUGUUGUUAGUUAAUGAUGUAUGAGAAAUGCCCUUUUUCUUCAUGGAAAUCUUCAAUUUUCACUGAUCACAAGCUAUGCUCUUGGAAACAUGACUUUUGUUAGGUACGGACAGUUUCUUGUAACUAAAGCAGAAUAACGUAGUUUGGAAGACUUGCAACGAUUUUAUUUUGAAGCCUUGAUAGUUUUGAGAGUUUUUUAACCCACAUCUUGGAUGGAGGUGAGAAGCUGGAGGUAGAAGCUUGAUAGUUUUACGAUGUUUUAUAAUGUAGUAAAAGGGGGGAUAUCAUUUUGGAGGAAUUGUUAAGAUGUUAAUAAAUGUUGGGUUUUAUUCUUUAUGUGAAAUAUCCAAAACACCUGUGAAUCAGUGUUGUCAU